AUGUAUUUCUAUACCGGGCGUCUGACGGAAAAAAGUGAUGUGUACAGCUUCGGUGUCCUGCUUCUGGAGUUGUUGACUAGAAAGAAACCAUUUUCAUACAUCUCUUCUGAAGAUGAAGGCCUUGUUUCACAUUUUUCUACCUUAUUCACACAAGGCAAUUUGCCAGCAAUUCUAGAUCCGCAAGUUAUGGAAGAGGGAGGCAGCGAAAUGGAAGAAGUGGCAGCAAUUGCAGUAAUGUGUAUAACAUUAAGAGGAGAGGAUCGUCCGUCCAUGAAGAAAGUGGAGAUCAAACUCGAAGGCACUCAAGCAUCCAGGGGACAUGAGGGGGAUAAUGUAAGAAAUUGUCCAUGGACUGCAGAUGGAGGUAGGAGCGAGGUAUUGUCCAGGCAGUAUAGUAUGGAAGAGGAGUUCGCUUCAUCUUCAAGGUAUCCUCGGUAG